CUGAGAAAAUUAAUUUAACGGCCGCCUGAAGUCGGAACAACAACUCGGAAAAGCAGAGAACAUUUUAGCACUUUUUCAGCACACUUUGACGACAAUGUUAAUGACAGUUCAGCGUUCAUGUUGUUUCCACUUUACCAUGUAAAAGCACAUGAACCCACCGAGAGCGACUUCACAACACGGGAAAUGGGAUCAUACAAGGAGCACUUGAACGCAACGUCCACAUUCAGCACUCUGUUAACGAGUCCAGUAACUUUGUUUUUAAGUAAUUUAUCUAACAUGUUGCAGUUGAAAGCUCUGGAGCUUCUGUUCUCCUGGUUCUGCCUGCUGACUGUGUCUGGAAUAACUCCUGGACACAUGGAUACAAACGGGUCGGGUGACGUCAGAGUGGUUGUGAAAGAAGGGAGUGACGCCAUUUUACCCUGUUCACUCAGCACCAAGGAGAACGCUGAGGAGAAACUCUUUGACUGGAAGAAAGAUGGUCCGAAGGAGAUUUUCUUUUAUGAUGCAGGAAUUCAUUAUAACAACGGCCGUCCAGGUCAAGAUCAGCAGUUCAAAGGUCGCGUCUCACAUUUUCAAGAUGAGCUGAAGUACGGCAUCGCCUCCAUCAUCAUCAGAAAUACGAAGGUGACCGACAGAGGAGACUACACCUGUGAUUUUCAACUUCUUCAGCCAAGACAGAUAUUCAACAUUCAGCUACUUGUUGACAUGCAAGUUGUCCUCUUCCUGCUUUAACUCUCCUUGGCCUGCCUGAUCUUUGUCUCCACAUCAUGUCAGAACUGAGCCUCUGCUUCUUCUGACUGCUCUGCAUCUGAUCUCAGGUGACUUAACUGCUUCUGUUCAAUGCUCUACUUUAACUACUUUUGAGUUUCCUUCAACAAAAUGCAUAUGAUUACAUUUA